GCUGUGUAUUGAUCUUAAUCUAAAUGCCUAAUUGUCUAAUCAGAUCUCCGAUCUGAAUAUCCUGUUGUGCAGUUUUUGAGGUUUUAUUAUAGAAAUUGACCCUCAAUGGCCCUUUGACAAUAAACAAAUAAACAGGAAAUUGGCACCUACGGGGGCAUCAGUGCAAUUAACAGGAGAUGCACAGCAAGGAUUGUCAUGCCAAACAUUCCUUAAACUAGGCCUUUAAUAAUAAAUAAAAAGGUCAAAAUAUUGUGUAUGCCCUUAAUCAAUCGUUUUUGUACUUUCAGUUCCACUUUUAAAUCAGCCGAUAUACGAGUCAGAUUCGAGUUUCUUUGUCAUGCAGUGAAGUACCCUGAUAUAAAAUUGAUUGGUUAUCCUAUUUUAAUGAUAUAGAUAAGCAAUGUUCCUAAUCUAGUGACAUGUAAAGUAACAGAGCUGUGUUCUAUAUUGAAUCUUAAAUUCUAAAGCAGUUUGAAAUGAAUUAUUAUAAGAACAACAAAAAAUCGAUAUUUCUAUAAUGCUUUAUCAUUUAUUUUUGUACUAUUUUAUUAUAACUCAAUGAUUUAUUUCAUCAGGUUUGUGGUGUGAUUAUGUUACAAAAAAGGGUAAAUUGCGGAUUUUUUAUUUGAAUAUACAUUUAAUAGUCUAUAUAUAGUUUAUAUGAAAUAGAGUACCACGGAAACCAGCUGCAGUCCGCUUACCUUGGUAACGAUGGGUCUGCAGUUCACAUUACCUCGUUCAAUUGCUGGAUUAGUCACAUCGACAAUUGGUCUAUCACUCCUUUUGCUCGUAUUGACUGUAUUGUGGAGAAUACAUAUGCAACCUCCGCCAUUGGUGAGCAGCACGCUCUGUGUGACAUGCGAUGACAUCAAACAAACGUUCCCUUACAAUGCCGCAGACCACGUAAUUGAUGCAUGGAGACAAAUACAUAACGAGUCGGUGUGUUGUGGUCCCGUUCGCAGAGUUAUGGAGCUCCGCAUUCAAAACGAGAUUGCAAAGCAAUACGAAAACACACUAUCAAAUUCGAGUCUACUCUUGGACUGUGAGAGGGUGGAAUUGAGCACACCUACAGCGAAGUUGGUUGGAGUGGUAGAUAACAUUCCAAGUCACAUCGGCCAAGGCCAUUCAGCACUGCUUUGGAACAAACACGGCCUCACAUUCACUGCAAACAAAUGCAUUCAUCUCGAGCUUGAGGGAGAUAUCUUCAUCAAGAAAUCAGGCUACUUCAUAGUAUCUUCAACGCUGAUUGUUAAUACCACAGGAAAGAACAAUAAAACACAAAUAUUCGGACACAACCUUAAUCUGCUGUCCCACAAAUAUGGAACAACAAGUGUUCUUAUGCAUCGCCAAAAAUCUAUCAACGAAUCCGACAAUGUUAUUUUUACAAGUUUUAUAUCCGCGGUUUUUAAGUUGCAUGUAAAUGAUAGAAUAUCUAUAUCUGUCAGCGAUCCAAAUUAUUUAGCUAAUGACAAUUCUAACGACCAUUUCACUGCAUACUACACGUACGAUAUGUCGUAAAUCCGUUCAUCUUGUCCAUACCAAAAUAGUUUGUAUCGGAAAGCACGGAUUACAUUUUGUCUGUCUUUAAAAAUUCAAAAGUUUGAUUUACCAUUUUGUUUGAAAAUGAAUCGUCCAUUCAAUAAUAUUGUUUAACCUUCGCUGUAUCAACAAGACUUAUCUAAGAGUGUUUCAUUGUAAUUGACACUGAUGCAGUCACUUAUCAUUAUUGUGUAUUUUUCGUCAUAUUACUUACACAGCUUUAAUGUGGUUGUUUGUAUUGAUUUUUGACUCUGACCGAUUAAUUUUAUAGUUAGAAAAACAAGCGCUUAUGUAAACACAGUGUAAUUUUGUUAUGUUUUAUUGCAAAAAAGCAACAUAAGCAUUGAAUGUGUUGUAACGUUUCAAUCACGGAUCAUAUUAACCUGAUGUGUAAAGUCUGUCUAUCAACACUCCAACGUUUGGUUUACAGUUGUGGUUGACAAUGCUUCAUUCAUUCAAUAGUAUUUUUCAAUCUUCGCUUUAUCGACAAGUUGUAUCAAAGAGUUUUUCAUUGUAUUUGACAUAGAUGCUUUCAUUUAUCAUUAUUGUGUAUUCUUCGCUAUAUUACUUAGACAGCUCCAAUGUUGUUGUUUGUACUGUGUUUGACACUGACCGAUUAAUUUAAUAAUAAGAAAAACAAAGUGCUUUUGUAUACACUAAUGUAAAAUAUGUAAUUGUGUGCUGCAUUGUAUGUGUUGUAAUGUUUGAAUCACGGAUCAUAUCAACCUGCUGUGAAAUACAUUGAUACUGAAUACAAGUUCUUCUCCUU